AGUUCCAGUUGUCACUAAAAAAAAGCGGAGAUUGUUUAUAAAUUUUCUCAACAGUGUUUUGCGCUGCCGUGUCUUGCUUUUGUAAAGCAUUUUUGGACCAUUUUUCAACGCACACACAUCAACCCACCACACCAAGCCAACAUGAUUUCCGAUGUGCAGCUGGCCGUGUUCUGCAACGUUCUCGGGGUGUUUCUCUUCCUGCUGGUCGUCGCAUUCCACUACAUAAACGCCAACAUGGGAAGCAUGCGAGGUGGUCCCGGAUCGAGACACAAAUGAAGCAUUCCUACCUAAUCCUGUACCGCUGCAGCCAACCAUCCAUCUGAUUCUCUCCCCUCCUCUCCUGAUGCAAUGAUGAUGGGGCAUUUCGGAGGGGGUGGACAGAACCACCCUACCACAAACGCAAAGGGACAACAACACCCUCCUCCCCAAGCAGCAAGCAAAAACGUGUCGCAAAAUGUGCAAUUGCUAUAAACAAUUAUUUGUCACCUUUUCCUGCUCCUUCGCUGCAUGAAGGACAACAGAACAAAUAAAAUCUCCUUACCACACACCCGGAACAUUCGGUUCGAAGAGUA